AUGUGCUACUUCGACCACCAGCUCUGGCCGUGCGGGUGGUGGAAGUGGGGCAACUUCCGGGAGCAGUGCCCGCGCGAGUACCGGACGGGGGAGACGUGCGGGCUCAAGCUGGUCUUCAACACGUACCUGGAGCCCGAGGUGUGCCGGCACUGCGACCAGAUCUACAAGAAGCAGCGCCGCGUGGCCAAGAUGGACGACGACGUGCGCCGCUGGCGCGGCGAGGGCAACCGCCGCGCCACCAUCGAGAAGACGGAGCGCGAGAUGCUGGCCUUGAAUAUGCAGAUUGCGGAGCUGUGGGCCGAGCAUGAGGUGAGGAAGCAUGCGAUUAAUUAUUAG